CCUUAUCGUGGUGGAGGGGUUUGAGUGUCCCAGUGAUCCUAGGGCUGUCGGAGGCUUCAUGCAUCUAUUUGGGUUGGGUCUGCCGGGGCAAACGGUCCUAGGUGAGGGAUCUGACCAAGAGCAGCCCAAAGAUUGCUUAGAAAUAUAGAUACAGUGUUCCUAUUUAGAGAUGACGAUAUAUACAGGGUUCCCGCUUACCACCAGAGCUAUAGACUGAAGUCAGUUUCUCCAAGUGUUUUAUCACCCUGGCGGGGCCACCAGGCUUUAUUCCCUCCCCUCACCAAGCUUUGGGUUGUUAUUUUAGAUGGGGAUUUUCUCCACCAGUGAUGGUAAAGACAGAUUAAAGUAAAGGUUUAUAGUUAAGACAUUGAACUGACUGAGGAGUUGUGAACCAAUUGUGCCGUCCCAUCAGUUUUCCGUUGGCUUCACAUGCUGUUAUUUCUGAGUUUUGAUUCCUGAUCCUGCACCUCAGACUUUCUGUAACUUGACAUUUUAUAACCGAAACACGCAGCAGACCGCUGAUGUAAGAGCAGCUCUUCCACUGGACACAGGUUUUCUGUAGGAAACCCUGAAAGUUUUCCCAGGGAGAGUUUCAUCAGGUGUCCCACAGCAGCUUGAUAGAAUCGGGCUGUGGUACCGUCAGUAAUGAGCCGAACGGGUCGGCGGUGUGUCGCUACGACUCGCUCAUCUGAGGCGCCACUGGUGGGGGAGAUUUGAGAUCAAACAGCCUGAAAACGGCCUCACCUGUUGAGUUUGAGUCGCUAUGUCACACUGAGCCGAUGGACGCUGGAAGAGAGGAGACGCAGCGAGCUUCUCCUGCUGGGCAGAUCUGAGAGAAGAAAAUGAGGAUUUAACUAUACCGUCCUGAUAAGAAGCUGCCUUCUGACCCAGAUGAACUCAUCCAUCCAUGCCUGGUUCCCUUCAUCCAUCCAUCCUGGUUCCCUUCAUUCAUCCACCCAUCCAUCCAUCCUGGUUCCCUUUCAUUCCUGGGAAUUCCUUGCUGACCAUUUUGAUUUCUUUACAGGGAUGUUCUCAGUCUUUUAAAAUAAAAAUGAAUAAAGCAGAAAGUCCUUGGAGUUUGUCUUUAAAUGGGUAAAUUGGAGCCAAGCCUUUUUUUUAGCCCUGAGCAGAUUUUUAAAUGGGGACUGUGGAAUGGACGAGCUUUAGUUUUAUCUUUUAUAAGUCAGCUUUAUUGACUGUUGAAAAACACACGGCAUCUCUAAUGGUAUUCACCCCGAACCUCACACACAGCGCUUGUGCAUCCAAGAGUCUUCUGCAAUAACCACAGUUAGAGUAACAAAAUAACAGCAACAUAAAGUAAGAGUUCUGUAUAUGAUAGGGACCCCGUUACCAACAUGUCAUCAGAUGCUUAAUCAUUCCUAUGCUAUGUGUGUAAGAUACUUACAUUUUUUGUAAUUGGCUUGCCGUACAUCAUAUAGGUGUUAUUGCUAUUUAUUUUAACUUUACAGGAGUAAUAAACUGAAAAUAUAUAUUUGGAUUUUGAAAUGCAUGGAGGUGUUUAAGUGUGCAAUAUUAUUUAAACUGGCAACACAUAGCCCUGUGCACAUCAUCCCCACCCUGGUGGCAGCUUUAUUCUGUGGGCCUGCUUAGCAAAGACAGAAAAGCUGGUCAGAGCUGAUGGUUAAACAGAUGGAAGAGAAACCUGGACUGAUGCAGAUGCUCGCUUUCCUUCAACAAUGAAAUAGAACAAUGACAUAUCGGUGUUCAGAACUAAAUAUAAAAGACUAUGGUUGGACCUGGACAUUUAUAUUUAUACAUGAGCUUCCAUCUAACUGAGUCUUUUUGCAUGGAAGAAUGUGGAAAUAAUAAAAAAAAAAACAACAGUCUCUUGAUGUGCAAAGCCGAAUUUGAUUAAACUCAGUUCAGAAGAGAGUUUUAAAAUAUGUUAAGAAUUAUCAUCCACCCCUUUUGGAUUCUUGUUUUGUUUUUAGUUAAGUUGUGGAAGAAAAAAAAGGUAGGAGAAAUGAUCAACACGUCACCCAAACAACGUGACGUACCGAACAGUUUGGUAACCUGUGACGUCUUCAGGGACCACCGGACAAAUCACUGCGGUUCAAACUUAAUAUCGCUCUCUUGCUGUCAUUACUACCACAGAACGUGAUUAUAUAUACUUAAAAACAAAAAUCAUCUACGUUCAUUUAAAAAAACAAACUUCUUCUAAAAGUGAAAUUAUCUAAUCAUUUUUCUUUUUUAGCAGAAACUUAAGACGAAGUGUAAAUGCAGUGUUUAUGUUAUAGUCCGGAUAUAUUAAAAACAGAUGUAUGUUUUAUCCUUUAAUGAACACAUUAAGAGCUUUAAACAUGUAUAUUUGUGUAGUUUAGAUUCAGCACGUUAAAUAGUUAUUUACCCAAUUAUGCGACUUUGCUGCAAGAUGACUUGCUGUAAUAUUUAUAGGAUUUCUGGAGAAGUUUGAAUUUUUCUUUUGCAUUUCAUUGACUGUCACAUUGUCUAAAAGGUAUAUCCAUCUGUUUGUCCACGAUCAUCCAUCUAUCCAAUUAAGUAUCAAAUUUCUGCUGUUAGCUCAAAGUGAAUUUUGUUUUUAUAUUUUAAAAAUUACCCCAAAAAGGCCUGAGAGAUUUUUAAAUUUGUGCCUGAAAACAUAAAGAAGAUUGACAAGGCAAGACCCUAUAAGAACAUAUUUUCUAAAACGCUUUACAUGACUAGAAAGAAAAAUAAAACAACAAUAAAAUCACAUUGCAAUGACAAAAUGCAAGGAUAAACAAUGAUGUACAUCAUAAAGUGAACAUCAUCAUAAAGUAGACUUUAUGAUGUUCCAGGUAUUAUUAAUCAAAGGCAUCUCUAAGCAAAAUGGAUUUAGCCUUGAUUUAAAAAACUGUGUUUAAUCAGUUUUGCAGUUUUCUAUAAGUGUGUUCCAGAUUAGUGAAGUAUAAAAACUGAAUGGUGCUUUUAUCAUUGUAUUUGAUUAAAAGUAUAGGAAGAUGUUUAUUUCCUUUGUGGAUUCUAAUUCAUUUCAUGAAGCAAAAAAUAAAUAAAUACAAGCUUUACAGGCAUAAAAGUGCUGUCCAUUGCUUCACAUAAUCCUGUCUAUGCUUCCUCUUCCAGGAGCUGGAGCAGAUCUUGACAUGGCUGACUGAGGAAGGUUUUGCACCUGAGGCCUCCGGCGUACCUUCCUUCACACACGAAGCUGUCUGGACAGUGUGACUAAGGAUCUGGGAACAAAACGCUUGCAACAUUUUGCAGAGAUGGCAGAGGUACGCAAGUCCUUGGAGCAGAUCAAAAUCUUCACAGAGCAGAAAGACGUUUUGGCUCAGGAGAUACAAGAUGAGAACGAACAACUCAGAAAGCAGCUGCUGCACCUCGUUUCACUGCAAGAUUCCCAGAUAAAUGAAGUUGCUAAAAUGUUGUACCAGCAGGGUCUCACUGAGCUGAUUCACAGCUCCCCCAGUGAGCAGGUGGCGUAUCUCCUGGUGGAGAGGGCUUCCCUGCUUGAGAUGAAUCAGGAUCCUGGUGAUGGAGACCCAGAGAGUCGACUGAGGACCCACGCAGAACCACUGAACCCCGUCAUAUGUGCGCCCACCCACAAGAGGUCCCCACGACCUUUACAAAGCUCCUGGAAGAAAAUAUUUGGACUCCAUAAGACUUUGCAGAGCAAGCACACCUUCGUACCUGGUGGGGAGACACCUUUGGCCGGUGAACCAAGACGUUUGGAGAAGGAGUGUUCCCGACUGGAGCGGGAUGUGGAAGAAGGUUCCCGCAGGUUGGCCAUGGCCCACAACGAGAUCCGGCAUUUGAAAGAUGAACUGGAGUCUGCUCAGAAUUGGUCUCUGCUCGGAUCAGACCUCUCUGCUCGCAUGCAAAUUCUUUUCUGCUCUUUUGGAAGAAAAAGUACCGUUGCCUGGCAACCUCUCAGCCAAUAGAAUAAAAGUGUUGUACUGGG